CAAAUCGCUCGGUUAAAGCUUCCAACACGCGAAAAAUCUUCCUACAAAAUGACGCAUAUUCAAAAUUGGUUUUAAUCGUUUCGUUUUGGUAUUUCAACAAUUAUGUGGUGUAGUGUUUUGCCAGGAAAUAUUUUUUGUUUAAGAAUGCUACUAUUGGUUUUUGUUUGUUUCAACGUCUGCCACCACUUUGCUUCAAGCGAAUAUACAGGGGUGUAUCCGAUAGCUGGGCCCACUUUCAGAGACUGCACCUGCGAUUUAGUGGAAGAAGGUUCUAAGUGCACAUGCUGUGGUCCGUUGUUCAUCGACAUUCCGACAAACCUAACCGACAAUCUUUUAUCAUUAACUAUAGAGGACGCUGGUAUAGAAGUUCUCAAGACGGAUUCACUAAAUCCUUAUGCAUCAAAAUUAAGAGAAUUGACAUUAGUCAAUUUGGAGAAAUUCUACUACUUCGAAACUGGAGUUUUCCAACAUUUGAAGCAUCUGCAAACAAUUUACAUACACCGGGCUCCCAAACUGCUGAAAAUUCAACCAGAGGUGUUUAGUGCUUUCCUGCCCAACCUGAAAAUAAUAAGAAUUGUUUACACCGGUUUGGAAGAAAUGCCAAAUUUAAAUGAACUUAAUACAUCUUCGGUUCUUCAUAUGAUAGACUUGGAACACAACCGCAUACAGAAGAUUUUCACCCGGCAAGUCAACAGGGUUAAAGCUGAACAAUUAAUAUUAAACUACAACGACCUACAGGUGGUUGAAGAGGCGGCCUUCUCGGGAUCCCAAAUAGCAGAAUUGAGUCUAAAGGGAAACUUCCGACUGACCAGCCUUCAUCAAAAAGCGUUUCAUGGUUUGGAAAGCUUAAGGCACAUAGAUUUAUCGAGCACGGCCAUAACUACGCUUCCAACUGAAGGUCUGCGAGAAAUUGACGUUCUAAAAGUGGAAGAUACAAAAACUUUAAAAGUUUUUCCAUCAAUAUUUAGCUUUCAGUUUAUCAAGGAGGCUUAUCUCACUUACCCCUAUCAUUGCUGUGCUUUUAAAUUCCCCCACACGCAGAAUCCCAAAGAGUAUGAGAAAUAUACCAAGUUCAUAAGGCAACAGCAUGAGCACUGUCAGAAGAAAAAUAAUAGUAACAAGCAAACUUUAAAGGAAGAAAACAAAGAGGAUGAAGACGUGUGGACGGCGAUUGAAGCGGAUGCGGAAGUCGCCUCCAUGGAGGAGAUGUGGACCCAGGGGGACGAAGUUUUCCAUAAUUCGACUAGUUCGGUCCCGGUUCCAAUUACGGCCUUCUGCGGAGAAAUGUACAGCAACUACCACGAGGUGAAGUGUUUUCCUGCUCCGGACGCUUUCAACCCGUGCGAGGACCUGAUGGGGAACUGGGCGCUCCGUAUCCCCGUGUGGUUUACGUCUCUGACCGCCGUGAUCGGAAACCUCUUCGUUGUCAUCGUGAUAGCAACGUCGCAUUUUCGACUCACCGUUUCCAAAUUCCUGAUGUGCAACCUCGCCUUCGCUGAUCUCUGCAUCGGCAUACAUUUGCUCAUGAUUGCCAUUGUGGAUUCCUGUUCCAUAGGGACCUAUUUCAACUCCGCCAUCGAUUGGCAGGAAGGUCAUGGAUGCAAAGUCGUGGGAUUUUUGACGAUAUUCGGCAACGUGCUCUCCGUAUACACGUUGGCGAUCAUCACCACAGAGCGAUGGUACACCAUAACCUGGGCGAUCCACUUGAAUCGCCGCUUGAAGUUGAGAAGUUCCGUGAGGGUGAUGAUUGCAGGGUGGAUAUGCGCCUUAUUUAUGGCUUCACUGCCGCUUCUGGGAGUAAGCAAUUACUCGAAAACAAGCAUCUGCCUGCCACUGGAAAACAAAGGCAAAGCCGACGCCAUUUAUCUCUCCACUUUGUUGGCUUUCAAUGCUUUAGCUUUCGCGCUCAUCUGCGUGUGCUAUGGAUCAAUGUACAAGUCUAUCCAAGAGGGCGGGAAAACUGGCUCCACUACAGCUUCAGUGCGGUCAGACUUGACGGUGGCCAAGAGGAUGGCUUUACUGGUUUUUACGGAUUUCGCAUGCUGGGCCCCCAUAGCAUUCUUCGGCCUUACAGCCCUGCUGGGAUAUCCGCUCAUCACCGUCACGCAGACCAAGAUACUUCUGGUGUUUUUCUACCCUUUAAACUCCUGCGCUAAUCCCUGCCUCUACGCGCUCCUCACACAGCAAUAUAGAAGGGAUUUUUUCAUCCUCAUGGGGCGAUACGGUUUGUGCAAAGACCGUGCGGAACGCCACAAGGGGGCCAUAGGGGGAAAGCCUUUACCAUACGGCACCGCCCCUCAAUACAAGCGCAACAACGACACUCUGAAAAGCGUCGUAGGCGGUAACAGCUACAGAAACUCCAUGAUGACCACAACGGUAUCAGUGGAUGUGCCCAUAACAAGGACGUUAUCCAAACACAGUGCGCGUUCGCUAAGAACAGUGCCUGAGUACGCGUUGAAGGACGUUAAUAACUUUGAAAUUAUAGGCGGAAAAAGUUUUCACACCACGGAAAACUUGUAAAGUUUUUGUUGAGCGCAGCUUCCGUCCCAAGUUGUUUCAAACGUGUGUGACUGUUUUCCCGUGAAUUCCCUUAUCAGUAUUAUACAUAUUAUGAAUAAAGUAUUAUGUUUCCCAAUAGAUUUGUUUCAUUUUGAACUUGAUUUCCAGUCUCCAAGUUGCGUAACAUUGGAAAUUCCUUCCCCAGAAUCGGAGGAUCUACGAAAACUAUGACCUGUGUACUCCUCAGGAUUUUUAAGUUUUAGAUUUGCAGCUAUUUGUGCAGGCA